AUACAAUUUAAUUUUAAAAGUCACGACACAGGGCCUCAAAGUUUCCGGAGAAUUAACGCAUGCGUAAUAAAUAAUUUCUACACGUGGUUUCAGUUCUAGACAUUUCCGAGGUCAGAGAGAAUUCCAGCGCUCUUACAAAAGAAUUCAGAAUGGCCUCUGCAAUCAAACGCUUUUUACCACUUUUCGAUCGGGUGUUAGUGGAACGAUUUGCCCCUGAGCUGAAAACAAAAGGUGGAAUCAUGCUGCCAGAAAAAUCUCAAGGAAAAAUUCUUCAAGCUACUGUGGUAGCCACAGGAAAGGGAGCCAGAGACCAGCAAGGGAACAUCAUACCACCUAGUGUAAAACCAGGGGAUGAAGUGCUCCUGCCAGAAUAUGGAGGCACCAAGGUUGUCCUGGAGGAUAAGGAGUACUUCCUUUUCCGGGAUUCGGACAUCUUAGGAAAAUUCGAGUCAUAGAUGUAUAUAUCCAUUAACACAAUAACCAUGAAGUAUGUGUGCAUUGUGAUCAGGACAUUUUUGACAAACACGGAAAUCGUUGUGUGUUGACCAUGCAGAAUGAAGAAAAUGUAAACAGUUUGACUUCAACCAACUCUGAACUAAAAUUGUGUUCUGUUAAUUUUUUUUUAAGAACAAAAAAAGGGCAUCUUUUUUAACUUGAAGAUGUGUGGCCUUAGUUCAGAUCACAAUGAAAGAGAUUCGGAAAGUUGUCAUCUGUUUGAUUUAUUGUAUGGUUUUAUUUUUACUGUAGAUUAUCAUCAACUUUCAUUUACCAUUUGUGAAUGUGUACUCUGUGAUUAAUUAGAUGAUAUGAAAUUGAAUUAAAAAAAAUGUAUGGUAAAAUUGUU